AUGCAUGCCGUCGGAUUCUUUCAUGAACAGAGUCGAACAGAUCGAGAUGACUAUAUUACUAUUUUGUGGAAUAAUAUACUGCCUGGCAUGCAAGGUCAGUUCGAGAAGUACGGUCAAGGGACCAUCCAGACGUUGGGCGCAACCUAUGACUAUUCUUCCAUCAUGCAUUACGGUAGCAAGGCGUUUUCACGUAAUGGCCAACCAACGAUGGUCCCUAAACAGAAAGGUGCUCAAAUAGGUCAACGAGGCGGUUUCUCAAAAUCGGAUAUUUACAAGCUCAAUAAACUCUACGGCUGUCCACAAGAUGGAGGUAAACCUGAAAGUACGACAGGUGCUGCAACUACGGCUACCACUACUGAAAGGACGACAACGACACUAGAACCGGUCACCACUACUCUUCCACCCAUAACAACUACUCCUGUGCUCACUCCGAUCACCAUACCUCCAAUUGCUCCUGAAUGCAAGAAUCUCCGAGGCGACUGUGACAACCUCCGGGAGAGC